AUGUCCCACCACCUGCACCUUCACCGCACCUACGGCCCCCUCGUCCGCAUCGGCCCCCACCACAUCUCCUUCUCCGACGCCUCCCUCAUCCCCCUCAUCUACGGCAUCAGCACGAAAUUCUGGAAAAGCGACUGGUAUCGUCUCUUCGAUAUCAAGACGCCCGGUGGUCCCGCCUCGACGAUUUUUUCCGAGAGGAGUGAGGAUGUGCAUCGGGUUUCCAAGCGGCCGAUUGCGGGGGCGUAUUCGAUGGCGACGUUGAGGGAGUUGGAGCCGAUGUGUGAUGAUUGUUCGGCGAUUUUCAUGCGGAAGAUGGAGGGGUUUGCGGAGGGUGGCGGGGCGGUUGAUUUGGGCGCUUGGGUGCAUUGGUACGCUUUCGAUGUGAUAACGAGUAUCACUUUCUCCAAUCGCGUCGGUUUCAUGGAACAGGAGACAGAUGUUCAGGGUAUCAUCUCCGCCAUCGAAGGUCGAUUGUUCUAUAACAGUAUCGUUGGUCAGAUGCCCUGGUUGCACGAUUAUCUCUUUGGAAACAGCUUCGUCCCCUGGCUCACUUCCUUCAUCCCUGCUGUCAAGGCCCUGAACUCGUCGAGGUUCAUCGUGGAGUUUGCGGCGCAAAAUUUGAGGAGGUAUCAGAAUAAGGAGUUUAAUACUGUUGAGCUGAGGGAUAUGUUGGAUCGAUUCAAGAGGUUUAAAGAUGGUGAGGUGGUCAUGAGUGAUGAUCAGUUGCUUACGCAUGCUGUCAGUAAUAUCUUCGCCGGAGCUGACACGACUGCGAUCUCUCUUCGAGCUAUCUUCUACUACCUCUGCCGGACCCCAGCGGCGUACAAGAGACUUAUCGCAGAGAUCGAUGAAGCUGAUGCGAAAGGCGAGCUUUCCGAUCCAGUGACUUUCACAGAAAGCCAGAAUCUGAAGUAUUUCCAGGCCUGUAUCAAGGAGGCUUUGCGCAUGCACCCAGCAGUCGGACUUCUCCUCGAACGCCUCGUCCCCGCCGGCGGCGCCCAAAUAACUACGGACCUCUUCCUCCCGAGCAGAACAAUAAUCGGCAUGAACCCCUGGGUCGCUGCCCGCGACGCCGAAGUCUACGGCUCGGACGUCGAGACUUUCCGCCCUGAACGCUGGCUAGAAGCGGAUGAGAAGCAAUUACGUCUGAUGGAGAGGAACUUCCUUGCUUUUGGCGCGGGAGCCAGGACUUGUUUGGGGAAGAACAUUUCGCUGCUUGAGAUGGGGAAGUUGGUUCCGCUUGUGUUGAGGAGGUUUGAAUUUGAGUUUGUGGGUGUGGAUGGGAAGGGGAGGGAGUGGGAGUUGUGGGAUUAUUGGUUUGUGAGGCAGACGGGGGUGAUUUGUAAGGUUAGGAGGAGGGAGAAGAGGGGGUUGUGA